AUGGAGGCUGACUCUCAACCAGUUUCUACACCAAACAGACAUCAGUUACCAUUAAUCGCAGAUGUAAGACCUACGCCGAAACGCAAAAGAACUCCAUCACCUUCUGGCCUUAGUACCUCGCAAGAACCACUAUCCAUAAGCAAGAAACCUCAUACUGAUAGACGUACUUUACCAUUACCAACUUUUACUGCGACUCCAUCCACACCAAUGACGAUGCCAAGAUCGAACCCUGAAACACCGAAACCUCAAUGUACCAAUACUCGCCGCCGCUUAAGUUUAACCACCUCGGACUCAUCUCCAGCCUGUAAACCACAACGUCAUAAUAAUGAGAAGGAUAAAUCCAAAUGGUCUAUUCCCACACUCACCAAACCAACAGGUAUCAUUGGAUCUUUCAUCAUCAGCAACAUCCCGUUCCUACAUCCAGAUACCCAAGCCGAAUCUUAA